GGGUGACGGGGGAGUCCCCACUGACCCCCACAUACACGAGCCAGGUGUCCCCAUGCUGCUCCUGGGCCUGCAGAGCUCCUGGUUGCCCUUCUACGGGGGCAUCGUGGUGGGCUUCAUCACCACCUUCCUCCUCCUCCACGUCCUCCUGCUGCCCCAGCCUGUGCCUGUCCCCAGCUGGGACCCCCGGGUGGGCACUGCCCCCCCCGGGACCCCCUCAUCCCCCGCGCUCUACAGCCUGGCCCCGUCGGACACUGCAGGCGAGGACGCGGGGGUGGCCCGGGGGCUGUUCCAGCGGGUCCGGGUGCUGUGCUGGGUGAUGACAGCGCCCCAAAACCUGGAGCCCAAGGCCCGGCACGUGCGGGACACUUGGGCACGGCACUGCAACGUGGCGCUGUUCGUGAGCUCCGAGCCCGCCCCGCACUUCCCGGCCGUGGGGCUGGGGGUGCCCGAGGGUCGUGCCCAGCUCUAUUGGAAAACCAUCCGCGCUCUGCAGUACGUGCAGCGACACCACCGCCACAGCGCCGACUGGUUCCUCAAGGCUGACGAUGACACCUUCGUGGUGCUGGACAACCUGCGCUGGCUGCUGGCCGCGCACUCGCCACAGCGGCCCCUCUAUUUCGGGAAGCGAUUCCGACCCUUCGCCCGCCAGGGCUACAUGAGCGGCGGGGCUGGCUACGUGCUGAGCCGGGCAGCGCUGGCCCGCGUGGCCACCGCCCUCACCCGCGGCACCUGCGGCCACAGCGGCCCCGAGGAGGACGUGGCGCUGGGACAGUGCCUGGAGAGGCUCGGGGUGGCCGUGGGGGAUUCCCGGGACACGUGGGGCAGGGAGACGUUCCACCCCUUCCCACCCGAGAUUCACCUCACGCAUCACUUCGCCCGGGAUUUCUGGUACCAGCGUUACUGCUGGUACCCCGUGGUGGAGGGUCCCCGCUGCUGCUCAGACCUGGCCGUGUCCUUCCACUACGUGUCCGGGGAGGAGAUGUACACGCUGGAGUACCUGAGCCAGCGCCUGCGCCCCUACGGCUACAGCCCCCGCUACCAGCCCGCCCUGCGCCCCCCCGUGUCCCCAAACACCCCCCGGACCCCCGUGUCCCUAAACGCCACCGAGACCCCCGUGUCCCCAAACGCCACCUGGACCCCCGUGUCCCCCAGAGCCACCCGGAGCCACCCAGGUCCCCACGCACCCAAACCCCCCAACCCUUCCCGGACCCCCCCCGCGCUGAAGGCGGCCCCAGAUUUGGGGGGUUCCUACAGCGGGGUGCACGCGGGGGAGGGGACACCCCCACAGCCCCAAAUGUCCUGAGCCCUCCCCGUGUCCUGCGCCCACCCCAGCCCCCCUUCCCCGAUGGACCCGCGUGGCCCUAAUUAGUGACUGCUAAUGAGCUUUGCAGGGACUGGA